AUGGGUUGUUGUCACUUGUAUUUACUAAAUACAACAGAUUUGGCUUGCAAUAACGCACCGAAUGGCUGUGGAGGAGCAAUUCUGGGUGUUCAAUAUGAAGUUGUGCACAUCAAGCAGUUGGUUGUUCAACAGAAUGCUUCAACCCUUAACAAAUCCUCAAUUAGCGAAAACGACCUCAUUGAUUUGUCAGGCGUAUCAUCUGAGCAGGUAUCUUGUCGCCCUCCAAAAUGA